CUUGAGGUUCUCUAGUACUACCACUGUACCACUUGUUCAUAGCCGUAGCACGUACCAACCAGUAAAUCCGGACUGGGCCAACGCUAUUUAUUACAGAUCUCACUUUCGCGAUUUAAUCUGUAAAUUACCCGAAGACGUUUUCUCGUCGUGCUAAUUGACUCAAGAACCGACGGACAUGGCUUCGACUAAGGUCGACUGGGGACAAUAUGCCGAUGAACAGGAGAAGUUGACGUCAAAGGUGACGAAUUUGAAUUUGGAUAAUAAACCAAAUUCAGCGACCAUCUCUGUUCCGCUUGUGAAAGAUGGAGAGUCCAAGAGCGAUGAUGACACAUCGGAGGAGCAGAUCUCAGCAGCGGAGAAGUCGCUCCUGCAAAAGAUUAUAAGAAAAGGAUUAGUUAUGACAACAAAGGAUAUAGAAGUUCAGAGAAAGGAUCCAACUUCACCGUUAUACAGUGUCAAAUCGUUUGAUGCGCUUCACCUCAAACCUGCGUUGCUGAAAGGAGUUUACGCUAUGGGUUUUAAUGCUCCUUCAAGAAUUCAAGAAACUGCUUUACCUACCUUACUUGCCGAUCCACCACAAAAUAUGAUUGCACAAUCCCAAUCGGGUACUGGUAAAACGGCUGCGUUUGUACUCGCCAUGUUGAGUCGAGUGGAUCCCACAAAGGAUUAUCCACAGGUGCUGUGUCUAUCACCAACUUACGAACUAGCGAUCCAGACUGGCGAAGUGGCAGCAAAGAUGUCGCGCUUUUGUCCAGAGAUAAAAAUAAAAUACGCCGUGAGGGGAGAAGAAAUAAGCCGAGGAUCGAAGAUUACCGAACACAUCAUCAUAGGAACUCCAGGCAAAGUACUGGAUUGGGGACAAAAGUUCAAAUUCUUCGAUCUAGCCAAGAUAUCGGUAUUCGUGCUAGACGAGGCUGACGUUAUGAUUGCUACUCAAGGCCAUCAGGAUCAGUGUAUUCGUAUUCACAAAUUACUUCCACGAACAUGUCAAAUGAUGUUCUUCUCUGCAACGUACGAGCCAGAAGUAAUGAACUUUGCGGAAAUUAUAGUUAGUAAUCCGCUAAUAAUACGACUAUUGAGGGAAGAGGAAAGUCUAGAUAAUAUCAAACAGUACUACAUCAGAUGCAGAGAUGUGAACGAAAAGUACACAGCCAUCACGAACAUCUACGGCGUUAUUACUAUCGGACAAGCAAUUAUCUUUUGUCAUACGAAAAAAACGGCCAGUUGGUUAGCGGAAAAAAUGACGAAAGAUGGUCACGCCGUGGGGAUACUUUCUGGCGACUUGACAGUGGAACAGAGGAUUUCCGUGCUGGAUAGAUUUAGGGCAGGACUUGAAAAAGUUCUCAUUACUACGAAUGUUUUAGCUAGAGGUAUUGACGUAGAGCAGGUGACAAUAGUGGUGAAUUUCGACCUGCCAAUGGAUCAGAAACGACAAGCUGACUGUGAAACGUAUUUACAUAGAAUUGGGAGAACGGGACGGUUCGGCAAAUCCGGAAUCGCAAUUAAUUUAAUUGACUCGCAACACGCGAUGCAGCUGUGCAAGGACAUAGAAAAACACUUUGGCAAAAAAAUACAUUACCUCGAUGCAGAGGAUGCGGACGAGAUCGAAAAAAUCGGGGCUUAGAUUAAUAUCUAUAUGUAUACACUUAUAUAUAUAUAUAUAUAUGUAUGCAUAUCACAUAUGUAUAUACAUACAUACAUACAUACAUAUAUAUAUAUAUAUAUAUAUAUAUAUAGCGAAUAUAAGUAUGCUUUUUAUUAUGGAUAUAUAUAUAUAAAAUUAGGCUUUAAUAUAAUAUUUUUUAAAACGGAUGUCUUUGUAUUUUUAAUAUGAAAUAUUUCUUUUCUAUGAACGCAAAACUAGACUAACCGCUUUGUUUUUCUUUCUUUCAUCCUCUUCUUUUUUUUACCUCACGCGCGAUUGUCUUAUAUACUUCACCGAAUUGAAAUACAGCGAUUGGAUAAAAACCAAAAUCACAUAAAAAAGUGAACAUAGAAGAUGGAGACAUAUUUUUAUAUGUUACGUGCGCUGAUUACACACCUGUGAGACGGAUUAAUCAUCACAUUUAUUUGCUUCAAGAUUUCAUUUUUAUCAAAUUAAAAAAAAAUACAAUGCGGUUCAGUGUAUUCGUUAUAAAUUUUCUACAACAAGCCUGACACUGUAAAAUAAUAUGUUAUAUUGUUUUACAAACUACAAAUGUUAGAAUAAGUGCUUUGAUGACUUUAUACAUAUAUCAAUAUGAAAGAUUUCAGAAGCAUAAUAAUGAGACUAUCUUUUUAUAUUUUGUUUUAAUUGCCCGAAACAUUUUGUUUAUUGGGAUGUGGUACAAGUAAAAAAUAAGAUUUCUAUAUAUAGAUUUCUAUAACAUGUCUAUCCGAUUUGAUCAGCCUAAAUAUCUCUUUAAAUAUUUAUAGUUUCAGAAAAUAACUAGUUUGCAAUUCUUUACCAUAAUAUUCUGAAAAUAUAAAUGUCGACAGAUAUUUAAGAUGAUUAAAAUAAAUCCUGUACAAGCUCACGGCAGUUGUAUAUUUCUCAUAAUUAAAUCGAAGAUAAUUUGAUAUUCGUAUUCUCAUAUAUAUUCAUGUUAUGACAUUAUUUAAGAAAGAAUGAUUAAAAUAAGUAUUAACA